AUACGGCAUACCUGUCAUUCGCAAUUGCACAUUCAACAUUGUGAUUUUAGGUUUUUGUCACUUGUGAUUUUUCUAAAAACGCUUAUUCGAGAUAUCAAAAAACCCAGUAAUUAAUCCGUAAAGUUUUUAAUUCUGCCAAGUAAAAUGUCGGAUUGGGAUACAGUAACAAUUCUUCGUAAAAAGCCACCGAAGGCAUCUGCUCUAAAGACUGAACAAGCUGUAAAUGCAGCACGCCGUCAAGGAAUUCCUGUAGACACUCAACAAAAAUAUGGUGCAGGAACUAAUAAACAACAUGGUACUACAAAGAAUACAGCAAAACUAGACAGAGAAACUGAAGAAUUGCGUCAUGAUACAAUUCCGCUGGAUCUUGGCAAAUUGAUAAUGCAAGGACGACAAGCAAAAGGUAUGAGUCAAAAAGAUUUAGCCACAAAAAUUUGUGAGAAACCACAAAUUGUCAAUGACUACGAAGCAGGUCGCGGGAUUCCAAACAAUAUUGUACUCGGUAAAAUUGAACGAGCGAUUGGAAUAAAACUUCGCGGAAAAGAAAGAGGCCAACCGCUACAGCCUCCUGGAGUAAAAAAAUAGCGGGAUCUCUGGGAGAGAAGACCAUUACUCCGAAUACUUAAUUGCAUAAUUUUCUCAUUUGUGCUGUUGAAUGUUAUAAAAUAUGUAUAGUUCAUAAAGUUGUAAAAAAAUGUAAGCAUUUAUUAUUUUGAUUCUGGAAUAUUCUUUAAACUUCAUGUGUUACCAUCGUGAAUAUGUUUUGGAAAUAUAGUGAGUGAUUGCAAAAUGUUAAUUUAUUAUGCAAUAAUAAAACUCUUUAUUCUC